CAGACCCGGCGUCAUCAUCACACAGCUUCCGGGUCUGAGGCGGCGCGAGGCACUCUGGGACUCGGAGCCACUGCGAGCGCAAAGGAGGCUGGGAGAUCAACACAAAGGCAGACUAUGCUGGAAGCACAGCACUGAGAGAGCCAAACACACUGAUAGAAGAGAUUGGAGCAUAAGAGCAAAGAAGCCAGUUGGGGAAUUUUGUGGGAUUUCAGUGACUGGAUUCUGGAAUAUGGCUCAACUGUUGGCAGAUGUGAGCUGGAAGGUGCUGGAAUUUAAAGCCAGGUCUAAACGCUCAGGCUCAGUAUAUGAACCGAUUAAAAGUAUUGACCUUCCGAGGUCCGAUCAUGAAAGCCUGUGGGACAAGUUGGAUCGUUAUUACAGGAUUGUGAAAAUCACAGUGCUGAAUUAUCAAAGUCCAACCACUGGUUUGUUCCCGGUUAGAACUGUCGGAGAGUGUAAGAAAGCAAAGAUUCAUGACAGUCUGUACUGCGCUGCCAGUGCUUGGGCAUUGGCUCUUGCUUACAGGCGCAUUGAUGAUGACAAAGGAAGGACCCAUGAACUUGAACAUGCGGCUAUAAAAUGCAUGAGAGGAAUUCUCUACUGCUACAUGAGACAGGCUCAUAAGGUUGAGCAGUUUAAACAGGAUCCAAGCCCACAGAAAUGCCUUCAUUCUAUUUUUAACAUUGAAACAGGGGAUGAGAUUCUCUCAUAUCAAGAAUUUGGUCACCUCCAGAUCAAUGCUGUCUCGCUGUUCCUCCUGUAUUUGGUACAGAUGAUAUCCUCAGGAUUGCAGAUUAUCUACAAUACAGACGAGGUAUCAUUCAUCCAGAACCUUGUGUUCUGUGUGGAAAGGGCUUACCGCGUGCCUGACUUUGGGAUCUGGGAAAGAGGCAGCAAAUACAAUAAUGGCAGCACAGAGCUACAUUCAAGUUCUGUUGGUUUGGCUAAAGCUGCUCUAGAAGCCAUUGAUGGAUUUAACUUAUUUGGAAACCAGGGCUGCUCCUGGUCUGUCAUAUUUGUGGAUCUUGAUGCUCAUAACAGGAACAGACAAACUCUGUGUUCAUUGCUUCCCAGAGAGUCACGAUCCCAUAACACAGAUGCUGCUCUCCUGACCUGCAUUAGUUAUCCAGCAUUUGCUGUGGAUGAUGAUGCCUUGUUCGAUCAAGCACUGGAUAAAAUUAUACGCAAACUAAAAGGAAAAUAUGGAUUCAAAAGGUUUUUGAGGGAUGGCUAUCGAACUGCGUUAGAAGAUGAAAACCGCCGCUACUACAAACCUGCAGAAAUUAAGCUAUUUGAUGGAAUAGAGUGUGAAUUCCCCAUGUUUUUUAUCUACAUGAUAAUUGAUGGUGUUUUUAGAGGAAAUGCAGAACAAGUUAAAGAAUUUCAAGCGCUGUUGGAUCCUCUGCUUUUUCACGCAUUUGAUGGAUGUCCUGUUGUUCCCAAAUACUACUAUGUACCAGCAGACUUUGUGGAACCUGAAAAGAUGAAUCCUAACAGCCAGAAAAGAUUCCCCAGCAACUGUGGGCGCGAUGGAAAGCUCUUCCUGUGGGGCCAAGCUCUCUACAUUAUCUCCAAGCUGCUAGUUGAUGAACUAAUAAGUCCAAAGGAUUUGGAUCCAGCACACCGAUAUGUUCCUCUUCGAGAUCAACGUAACAUCAGCAUGAGAUAUUCCAAUCAGGGUCCUCUAGAUAAUGAUACAAUGGUCCAUGUAGCACUGAUUGCAGAAAGUCAGAGAUUGCAAGUUUUCCUCAAUACAUAUGGAAUUCAAACACAGACUCCUCAGCAAGUGGAGCCUAUUCAGAUUUGGCCGCAACAAGAGUUGGUGAAGGCUUAUCUUCACUUGGGUGUCAAUGAAAAGCUGUCACUGUCUGGCAGACCGGACAGGCCUAUUGGGUGCCUAGGAACAUCAAAGAUUUAUCGCAUUCUUGGAAAGACUGUUGUCUGCUACCCGAUUGUCUUUGAUUUGAGUGACUUCUACAUGUCCCAGGAUGUGAUGCUACUGAUUGAUGAUAUCCAGAAUGCCUUGCAGUUUAUUAGACAGUACUGGAAAAUGAAUGGACGACCCUUGUUCCUUGUGCUAAUUCGAGAAGAUAACAUCAGGGGCAGUCGGUUUAAUCCAAUCUUAGACAUGCUGGCUUCAUUUAAGAAAGGGAAUGUUGUAGGUGUCAAGGUUCAUGUAGAUAGGCUACAGACUUUAAUAUCUGGAGCUAUGGUUGAACAACUUGACUUUCUCAGGAUCAAUGAAACCGAAGAGAUACCGGAAUUCAGAAGCUUUGAAGAGCUUGAGGUCCCAAAACAUUCAAAAGUUAAUAGACAGUCAAGUAUUCCGGCUGCAGAACUGGAGCAGGAGCCUGAAGUCAGCAGUAUAGAGUGGAAGAACAAACCAACUUAUGAGAUUCUUCAAAAACUCAAUGAUUGCAACUGCUUAGCAAGUCAGGCCAUCUUACUCAGUAUUCUACUGAAAAGAGAAGGACCCCAUUUCAUUACUAAGGAGGGUACUGUGUCUGAUUUUAUGGAGAGAAUCUACAGGAAAGCCGGAUCCAAAAAACUAUGGUCCGUUGUUCGUCUCGCUGCCAGUCUGUUAGGUAAAAUAGUGGACAGCCUUGCACCCUCCAUAACUAAUGUGCUAGUUCAGGGCAAACAGGUCACGCUUGGCGUAUUUGGACAUGAGGAAGCAGUGAUUUCUAACCCUCUGUCUCCUGGGGUUAUUAAGGACAUUAUCUACAAAAAGUGUAGCCCCUAUGAUGAGCGAGAGGCUGUUCUUCAGCAAGAACUGGUUAUCCACAUCGGAUGGAUCAUUUCCAACACUCCAGACCUAUUCAGUGGGAUGUUAAAGAUAAGAGUAGGAUGGAUUAUCCACGCUAUGCGAUAUGAACUAAGAAUCCGAAGUGGAAACCAGCCAGAACGAGACAUUUACCAGUUGUCGCCUGGAGAAAUCAAACAGCUUCUCCUGUAUAUCCUUCAGCCCCAACAGCAGGGAAGGUGUUGGCUAAAUCGAAGGCAGAUAGAUGGUUCUCUGAACCGAAACCCAUCGGGUUUCUAUGAUCGAGUCUGGCAGAUACUGGAGAGGACUCCCAGUGGUAUCAUAGUUGCUGGAAAGUUCCUCCCACAGCAACCAACUCUGUCUGAUAUGACAAUGUAUGAAAUGAACUUUUCACUUCUUGUAGAAGACAUGUUGCAAAAUAUUGCUGAGCCUGAGUACCGGCAAAUCAUUGUCGAGCUGCUAAUGGUCGUCUCCGUUAUACUGGAAAGAAACCCAGAGUUUGAAUUUCAAGAUAAAGUCGAUUUGGAUAAACUAGUGAAAGAGGCAUUUAAUGAUUUCCAGAAAGACCAGAGCAGGCUUCAAGGAAAAGAAAAACAGGAUGACAUGGCAUCGUUUUACAAUACUCCCCCACUGGGCAAGAAAGGAACAUGCAGCUACUUGACAAAAGCAGUAAUGAACAUGUUGCUGGAAGCCGAAGUCAGGCCAAUGGCCGAUGACCCAUGCGUUGUUAGCUAAAAUUUUACUGGAAAAAAAUGCCAAGGAUCAUGCUGCUUUUAACGCUUAUUAUGUGUAACGUGCAGUGCAUUUUAAAGAUGCCACUGUAGGCGUUCAAAAUGCUAAAAGCAUGUACAGCUGAGAGAAAUUCUACGCAUUUCUCAGUUUUGGCUUACGGAAUAUAGUAUGAGAAAAUGCAGGUAUAUUAGAUCUAAAAUUUACUGCUAAAGGUUUUGCAAAAACGUGUGUUUACACUUGAACCUAUUGCUGAGUUAUUUCAGGAACUGCAGCUUAAAGGAAUCACUGCACUCGGAUGCAUCUUAAAAAAAUUGCUUUCUGCACCUUAUUAAGUGAGUCAUAUAUUAUUCUUCAAUAUAGAAUUUAGCAUCAUUGAUAUAAACUGUAAGUUCACAAUACUGUAUUAGUAAGGAAUGUCCGUAAAUGCUGGCAACCUUCAUUUUUUGCACCCUGCAUAACAAAAAUAAAGUGAAAUUUGAAAGAAUGUAUAGAGUAUCUAUAUAUGGCACAAAGGAUAAAAAAAUGUUUUUUUCAGUGAUGAUUUUGGUUUGUAGUGGAUUUUUCUAAUGUAUUUAAUAUUUAAUUUUCAGCCAUAGUAAAACAGAUUAUGUGCACCUUGUCUUAAAUCAUGAAGGUAUUCAAGAUGGUGAUUUUAAUUUCAAAUUAUGUUACAGGGUGUUGGGGGAGAGCAAAAAUGUUCUCUGUACUGAAGUAUAAGUUUACCAUUAAAUCAAUUAAUUUGUUAUUA